AUGACCCAACUACCUUACGCGAUCGAUGCUGAAACUCCCCUCGCGCCAGCUGAGCUGGCCGUACUCCGGGCUCAAUACGAGAAGGAGGGCGAGAUGGUUGGCGUCCAGACAAAGUUCAACUACGCCUGGGGCCUCGUAAAAUCCAACCAACGCUCCGACCAACACCUCGGCGUCAUGCUCCUGUCCGAAAUUUUCCGUUCCUCUCCCGAACGCCGUCGUGAAUGUCUAUACUACCUCGCGUUGGGCAACUACAAGCUAGGAAACUACGGCGAGGCGCGCCGGUACAACGAUUUGCUCCUUGAGAAAGAACCGGGGAACCUCCAGGCGAUCAACCUGCGCACGCUGAUCGACGACAAGGUCUCCAAGGAGGGCAUGGUGGGCAUGGCGAUCGUCGGCGGCGUUACGGUCGUUGUUGGCAUCGCUGCGAGCCUUAUGUUCCGGGGGUUUGGAAGGCACAGGUAA